AACCUUCACACCGGAAGUAAGUUAGUGACCAGUAAGCCAAGAUGGUGGCCACCAGGAGAGGAGUACGCGUGUGCUCCCCGUCUAAAACAACCACUGACAUGUCAUCUGAUGUCCAGGCCACUCCUAGUAGAAGAACCAGAAGUACUGCAAAACAAGAAGAAAGCCCUACCCACAAUGCCUUGGUGGAAACCAGCAGCCAUCUUGAAAAAUAUGAGGGAGAACCCCAGGCAUCUCCACCUACGUCCUCGAUGAAGAGAUGCUCCAGAGCGUCCAGACUCCACAGUCCAGAUCAGCCGUGCACACCUGUCGGUUCUGUCCACGAAGCAGACCAGUCAGAGAUGGAGUCCUGCUGCUCUGCUGUGUCCGAUUCCGAACCGCCGAUGACUCGCACGAGACAAAGGAAGAGGGCGCCGCGUGCAGUACGUCAAGAGGACGAGGAUAUAUCUGAGGUGGAGUCAUGUUCUUCAGUCGUGUCUGCAUUAAAAGCUGGACAAAGCGUCCGCCGCAGCACAAGGAGGAAACCGACAAGGACUGACCCAGAUCAGGUGAAAGUGGGAGAUGUUAAGGUCGACGUGGUUCCGGAGUCAGAGUCCGGCAGCUUUGUUGUGUCUGAAUCCCAGAAAAUCACCAGAAGUCAGAGGAAAACUCGCUCCAGGUCAUCUGCUAAACAAACAGAAGACUCGGAGCUCUCAGACGCAGAGAGCUGCACGUCCAACGUCUCAGAAGUCUCUAAGACCCGUAGAUCAAGAAGGCAGAUUGGUUGCAUCCCCAUUCACCUCAAUGCAGCCUCGGGAAGUUCUCCCUCCCCAGCACUGAGAACUCUGAGGACUCGGGUAGCCAGAAGUAAAGCCUCUGAUGUGAGUGAGCCCCCCUCUUGUGACUCAGAGGGGUUUGAGUCCGGGUCUUCUCACGGUAUGGCGACUCGUAGACGGGGAAAACCUGGGCCGAAAAUUGUCGACUCCGACUCUGAGCCGUCAGAUGUGUACGCUCCACUGGGCAGCCCUUGCUCCACACGCAGCAGAGGAACCCCCUGCAGCAGCCGCACAGGCUCAGGUAGCAGCAGUAGAGGUGCUCUGUCCUCCAGGCACACGAUCAAGGAUCUCAGUGUUGUUCUAGAAAAAGCAGCUGAGCCAGCCGAGGAGGACACUUCAUUCAGUGGGUCGAUGUUAGAAAGCACGGUGAUUUCUGUGGAUGGAGACCAGACACUGUUGGAGGAGGAUGAGGCCCAAACACUGGAAGAGAAGGAAGCUGUGAAUGCUGAUCUGACGUCAGAGGAGGCAGAUGUGGCUAGAGUGGAGGCAAAAGUAAAAGUAAUUCCAGAAGAAGGCUCCCUGUUAUCAGAAGAAGCUGCUUGUAAACCUGCAGUGACUGUUGGACACCAGCAGGAGGAGCCAUGUGCUGAAAGUAAGCACGAAGACAACUCGGAAAUGGAAACGAUGGAGCAAAUAAAACCACCAUCAGAGCAGUCAGAGCCUUCAGUUACAGUAACAUCAGAUGAGAGGACUCCUGAGAUCACAGAGGAGACGGAAGACAAAGAUAAUGCAGCGGAUGUGGACGACCACUCAUCACAGGCAGAUGAGGCUGUUGAGGUAGAAACUAGACCCAGGGAGGAGGAAGAGGAGGGGGAGGAGGGGGAGGAGAAAAUGGAAGUCAGCACAUUGAAUAGAGAUGAUCAGCAGGUGGUUGACUCCUGUGAGGUUGACUUCAUUCAGGUGACAUCCAACGAGCAGCACAAGAUCACAGUGGACUGUGUUCCUGAAGAAAAACCAAACGAUGUCACAGUCCAGAAAACAAAAGUAAUCAGCCUGUUGGAGAGCAGUGAGGAUGAAGAUGAGUCUGCUGAAGAGGAGGAGGAGGAGAGGGAGAUUUCUGAAAUGGAGGAUUUGGAGUGCAGGCCUGAGGAGAGAAGUGGACCUUCCAAAAGCUCUGACACUGCAGGUCCAUCCGUCGAGGGACUGUUCAUGAUCGACACGCGGCCCGGAGAGGAGGCCGAUGAACUCUACCUGAAAGGAAGGCCGACCGAGGAUGAAGAGGAGAAAGCCACGAAGGCAGAGGGAGCAAAGCAGGAGGAGCAAGACGAGGAGUUUGUGGAUGAGGAGGGGGAUGAUGAUGAUGACGAAGAUGCAAUGAUCCUCUUCUCAAGUAAAAAUCAACAUGUAAAAGAAAUGUCGAGCCGCAUUGACCCCGGCAUCAGAGUCAAGGAUCUCGGGGGUUUAUACAUCAACUUUGAUGGCAGCAAAUCAAAACCCGUCUCCAAUUCGCUGCAAAAACUUAAGGGGAAAAAGAUGCAAGACGAGGUGAUGAAGAAGAGUGUGAUUGGACCGGAAUUUGAAAAGAAGGAUGCCGUGCCUCCAUAUAGUGAAUCUAAACAAGCCUUAAAGUUGAAACACAGAGUUGAGAGGGAGAAAUCAACAGGAGACAGUUGGUUUAACAUGAAAGCCCCAGAGAUCACUCCGGAGCUCAAAGGAGACCUUAACGUCCUCAAGAUGAGAGGCUCCAUGGACCCAAAGAGGUUCUACAAGAAGAACGACAGAGACGGCUUUCCCAAAUAUUUUCAGGUUGGUACAGUGGUGGACAAUCCAGUAGACUUUUAUCAUUCCCGGCUUCCAAAGAAGGCAAGGAAGAGGACCAUGGUGGAGGAGCUGAUGGCUGAUGCUGACUUCAGGCACAAAAACAAAAAGAAGUAUCAGGACAUUGUGGCGGAGAAAGCAGCACGAGGAGCUGGCAGGAGGCACAAGAAGAAUAAAUUCCAUAAGAAGUCAAAGUGAAGAUUUGAUGUGAUGAACACUGACUCUGAGUGGCUUUUAAUACAUAUACUGAUUAGAUCAACUCCGCUUAUUCAGCAGGAGGUUUAUCCAAGAUUUAAGCUAACGUUUUAUUUUGGGACUUUGAGAUUACAUGACAUCACAACUUUAUAGACUCUAACCCUCUCAGGAUCCUCUCCAAAGAUCAUUUUAGUUUGUCUCUAUGUAAAGAAGCAGACUGUUGUAACUUUGUACUGUUGCCAGAAACAUCUGAACAAUGUAACUUUAUAACUCAAAACCAACCUGGAUUUUUAAUCAAAUGCACCUGUGCUUUACAACAUGUUGAUCAUAGUCAAUAAUCAUAGUCAUUCUACAAACAAACUCAUCAUAUAAACAUUAAAAUAUGUUCUUUUGACUUGAA